GCUCUGGAAGUUGCUGCGAAGAUGGGAAUCCGAGGAGCUGCAGUUUCGACCCUACCAAUGGGCGUCUGUGCCCUAAUGUGUCACGUUCCUAAGCUCAUAGAGGAGGGAAUCAUUGAUGCCGAUGGAUUUCCAACGAAACAGCAAAUGAUUAAGCUUUCCCCGACCAUGCCAGCAUACAACACCACUCACCUACUGUGGCCCACGGUCGGCGACCGCCACUCGCAACAGUCCAUCUUCCGAUUCUUAAACGAAUGCACCCAAGCUACCAAAUUGGCCGACUGGGUUCUUUGCAACUCAUUCUACGAGAUCGAACCGUCUGCCUUUGACUUGGUUCCAAACAUUCUGCCCAUCGGCCCCUUUCUUCCAGGAACACGGCAUGGGCGGCUCGAAGGGAACUUCUGGCCAGAAGAUUCCACUUGCCUAAGCUGGCUCGACAAAAAGCCUGCCUGCUCAGUAGUCUACAUCGCCUUUGGCAGCUUUACUAUCAUGGACCAUCGUCAAUUCCACGAACUGGCACUUGGACUUGAACUUUCUAACCAUUCAUUCCUAUGGGUAGUGCGGCCAGACCUCACUGAUGGAUCAUCAGACGCUUACCCGGAUGGCUUUGAAGCCAGAGUAGCAGGUCGUGGGCGAAUUAUUGGAUGGUCACCUCAACAAAAGGUACUGGCUCACCCUUCGAUUUCCUGCUUCCUGACCCAUUGUGGGUGGAACUCGACCAUGGAGGGGCUGAUCAAUGGAGUUCCUUUCCUGUGUUGGCCUUAUUUUGCUGAUCAGUUCUAUAACCAAACAUACAUUUCCGAUAUUUGGAAGGUUGGGUUGCAACUGAAACCCGAUUCCAGUGGGAUCAUAUCAAGAGAAGAGAUGAAGGCAAAGCUUGACGAAUUACUUGGUGAUGAGGAUAUAAGAGCAAGAUCUUUAAAGCUCAAGCAAACUGCCCAAGAGAAUGUCGCUGAAGGAGGAUCUUCAUUUAAGAAUUUCAACAAUUUCAUUGAAGCAAUCAAGUUAAAGAAGUGUUGAGUGAACAGGCUAUGGCCAUAAAAUCAAGCUAGUUAACUCAUCAAUGGGGCUACACAUGUAUGGGAAGAAUGAAAAAAGUCGAGCAACAGUUGAUAUUCACCUGAUGUUUGC